CACUUCAUAACCACAAAGCCGAUAGUGGCUGUCUCUCUCCAAUCAAACAUUUGUAGUGUUGAUAUUUUUGAGACUUCCAUGGCCACACCACUGUUGCAGUUACACGUAGCUAUGUACCCAUGGUUUGCUAUGGGACACAUAUCACCGUUUCUCCACUUAGCCAACAAAUUAGCAAGAAGAGGACACAGAAUCUCCUUCUUUCUACCCAAAAGAACUAAGGCAAAGUUGGAACAUUUGAACCUUCAUCCACAUUUGAUAACAUUAUUCCCCAUCCCCAUUCCCCAAGUUGAUGGCCUUCCUUCUGAUGCUGAGACCACUGCAGAUGUUCCCUUUUCUCUAAUCACGCAUCUUAUGACUGCCAUGGAUCGUACUGAGAAAGACAUUGAACUACUUUUACUUCAUCUGAAACCCAACGUUGUACUCUUCGAUCUCACAUGUUGGAUGCCGAGCUUGACCCGGCGCUUAGGCAUCAAGUCUGUUCAGUACAUAAUCACAAGCUUGACGUCAGCAGCUUAUCUGGAAUCCAUGGAAAAGCUAUGUCAGGAAAAUAACUUAGAUGCAGAUGAGUUGGUGCAUCCCCCAGUUGGGUUCCCAGAUUCUUCCUUCAAGCUUCAAGCUCAUGAGGUUCGAUUUUUAGCUUCAUUCAUCAAAUUAGAGCUUGGCAGUGGUGUUCGUUUGCAUGAUCGCAUCAGCACUGGCAACAGAUUUUCAGAUGCAGUUGGAUUCAAAGGUUGUAGAGAACUCGAGGGACAAUAUGCUGACUACCUUGAAACCUUGUUUGGGAAGCCUUUUUUGCUUUCAGGGCCUGUCCUACCAGAGCCAAACACUUCCACUUUGGAUGAAAAAUGGGCUGAAUGGCUUGCAGGAUUCAAACCUGGUUCAGUGAUAUACUGUGCAUUUGGAAGUGAAUGGAGGAUAAAUCAUGAUCAGUUCAAGGAAUUGUUGCUGGGUCUUGAGUUAACAGGUUUUCCAUUUCUUGCAGCACUUAAAGCACCUAUUGGAUUUGAGUCUGUUGAAGCAGCUUUGCCUGAAGGAUUCAAAGAGAGGGUUCAAGAAAGAGGCAUUGUACAUGGGGGUUGGGUUCAGCAGACAUUAAUUCUUGAGCACCCAUCUAUAGGGUGUUUCAUUUCACAUUGUGGAUCUGGAUCUUUGAUAGAGGCACUUGUGAACAAGUGUCAGAUUGUGGCCUUAUCAAAUAAUUAUGCUGACCAGAUCCUCAUUGCAAAAAUGUUAAGCAGUAGCUUGAAGGUUGGUGUUGAAGUGGAGAAAGGAGAAGAGGAUGGUUUGUUCACAAAGGAGAGUGUCUGCAAAGCUGUCAAGACUGUGAUGGAUGACGAGAGUGCGGUUGGAAGGGAGGUCAGAGCAAAUCAUUUACAAUUGAGAAACCUCUUACUAAGCAAGGAUUUGGAGAACACUUAUAUUGAUAGUUUCGUUCAGAAGCUGCAAGAGUUACUUGGGUGAUAUUCAAGUUUCAACUACAGCCGUCAAUUUAGCUUUGCUAGAGUUGAUUAUGAAUAAAUAAGUACAAGUUCUAGCCAUUUAUGAAUAUCAUAAUUCCUUGCAUGCAUAUGUCUUAUUGCUGUUAUCAAAUAAUAUGUAGUUGACCUGUGGUUCGAUGCACCGCGAAUUUCGGUAAAAUUGCCAUAAUGGCUGAACAA